AGACUUUCCAACCCUUUAUCAUUCCCCCUUUUACUCGAUAUACAAAGUUCAUAAACAAUCGUAAUAGGAGUAUAUAUUAAGGAACUUUAUCUCAUCAUGUCCAACAACCGUGCUCGCAAACUCGCCAAGAAGGUCGCAGCAGAACCUCUCACAGAGCUUGAAAAGGCUAUUCGCGCCAUCGAUCUCGCUACAGAGUCUGCUAAUGCAAACAAAGAACGCAAGCCAUGCUAUUGUUUAGCUACGAAACACAAGUUGAACGUGUUUGCACCAAAUUGCUUAAACUGCGGCAAAAUCAUAUGUGCUCUUGAAGGACCAGGCCCUUGUACCUACUGCGGCAGUCCCGUCGUGUCAAUUGAACAACAACAAGCCAUGAUUCUUGAGCUCAAAAGGGAAAAAGCAGCUCUUGCCAAAGAAAAAGCCAUGCUGACCUCUAAACGGAAGGCCAAAGCGGCUGUCAUCAGCACAGCAGGCUAUGCUAGUAAGGUUGGAGGCGGCCUCACUUCUUCCACAGGAGCCGCAGGAGGAUGGGUAGACUUGGAUCAUGGGAUGCAUAGCAGCAGUGGUAUGACAUCAGAUGAGGAAAUGGAAGAAGCCAAGAAGGCUUCAUUAGCGGAGGCUCACAAGGAAAGAUUGCUGGAGUACGAUCGGACAAGUGCCCGUCGAUCCCAUGUUAUUGAUCAGGCAACAGACUUUGUGCUCCCAGGCGAUCGGCCAAACUUGUGGUUAACAGAAGAGGAAAGACAAAGGCAAGCGGCGAAGGCAAAAGAAAAUCUAGAAAAGGCAACGGCAGCUGCAAGUGGAUAUCAACGCGCCAAGGUCAUGACCAUUGACGUCGUCAAUCGCCGCGUGGUUGUCGAGGCAAAUUCGGGAGCUCAUGUGGACAAAGAAGAGGACGAUACUGUCCCCGAGCCAGUGAAUAUAAUUGAUCAGGCGAAAUCAUCCAGUAUAAGUGGGGGCGAUAGACAUGGUGGAAGAGGAGGCGCAUUUGCGAUGAACCCAUUACUUCGGUUAGGCGAAAGUCCAACCUUUAUCCCCAAGAGAAUGAAAAACGCCAAGGAGGCGAAAGAGAAGAUUCUCAAGAUCAAAGCUGAGAAUCCACGAUUGCCCAAACUCCAGUAUGAUGAUGGUAGCUAUGCAGCAUUGAUGGACGAUGCCCAGACUAUGUCCAGUUCUGGAGCUGACUUACAGGAAGUCCUUGCUAGCGUUGUAGAGCCCAGUUGUGGAUAGAUGAGCGUACUCUACUUGUUUAUUUGUUUUAUAAAUGUGAUGAUUGCUACUAAAGUACAAUGCAUAUGCUUUACAAGCUCUCCAUUUUUUUUUAGGAUGUUGGAGGUGAAUGUAAAUGAAUGCUAUAAAAUUGGUAUUGGAGUAUCCAUAAUCAGCUCGUGCGGCAACUUAAAAAUAAAGCCUAUUUCUCAUCUUCACUCUCUUCAUCGUCAUCAUCGUCAUCAUCCUCAUCACUGUCAUCCUCUGAUCCAGAUUCAUCUUCAGAAUCACCCUCUUCAGUAUCUUUAGCAUCGAUAUCAUUAUCAUCGCCUCCUUUCUUUUUAUGCUCCAAUUUGCGAAGAUAACUCCUCCGCUCACGCUCUGUCAUGCCACUCAAUAAUCUCUCGAGCUCC